AGAGCUGGGCAAUCCAAAGCAACACCUCCCCCUCAAGAGCUCCUCCAAUGAGUGCACCAAAGUAUCAGCCGUACGCCCCUUCGCCAUACUCCUAUACCCCCUCACCGCAUUCCCUGUCGACGAGCAUAUCCCUGGAUGAGGAGGUCAAGCUUUCGACAACGGUACAGCAACGGGAGCUGAACGAAUCGCUCGCCGAGAUCUAUAGUAUCAUCGUUACGCUGGACUUUCUGGAAAAGGCUUAUAUCAAAGAUAGUAUCAGCCAGGAGACGUUAGCCACCCCCUAUCUCCCGGGAGUAUUGAAGCUGUGUACUUGUAUGGAGGGGCACUAAUGCCGACGCUUCGGGUUCAGUUAUACUCCGACAUGUCUCAGACUCCUCGGACAGUACAAGACGAUCCUCAAAAACCCAGACGUCGCCUCCGCAUUCAAAGAUCUGGAGACGUUUAAAUCUGCCCAUCACGUUUUUCUCCUCCUCUCCCUACUAUCCCCUCUCUCCUGCUAACUGUGAUAGCUCUCAUACCCCUCCGCAACCGAGCGUCUGAAAAUUGGCGUCCCAGCGACAUUCGAGCAUGCCCCUACAACUUCAUCCGCAAUCUCUGCUCGGGCAGCAGCGGAAGCUACUCAGAACUUUAUCACAUUCAUGGACGCGCUUCGUCUGCAUUACACCGCGAAGGACCAGUUGCACCCGUUACUCAGUGAUGUGAUCACCGCCGUGAAUAAUGUUGCUGGAGCAAAGGAAUUUGAAGGGAGGCAGUCGAUUGUGCAGUGGCUGAUUAUACUGAAUCAGAUGGGAGCUGGUGAUGAGAUUACAGAGGCGCAGGGGAGGCAGGUGUGUUGUGAUCCCUCGGGAGCCUGAGGGGGCUUGGUUUGCUGACUGCCAGUAGAUGCUAUUCGAUAUUGAAAAUGCCUAUAAUGAGUUUUACAAGAAUUUGCAGUAGACCAAUAGAGCGGAUGGAAGGGUAGGACUAGGUUCGGGGGCAAUCGGUGGAGCUAUAAAAUGCUUUGUCUGUCUCUGUUUUGUAAUUUUGCUUAGUUGGAGAUUCCCGUAACGUAACGUAAUGGGUUAGCAUGAAUCCUUCCGGGUUUGUCCGAUUUAGGCCACGAGUCGGCUGCGCUGCCGGCCCAAACGGGCCAUUGGAUCGAGUGAUAUACGGUGGAUACCACGGUUGAGGAAUUCAGAAUUGUCGACAAAGAGUUGCUGGUUUCGAUCAAUGCCUUAAGCCUUCCGAUUUGAGGUUCUGGAGGGUGGGGAAUUGUGACCGAGUUUCGGUAACCCCGCAGAGUUCUCUACCGUCGAU